AUGCAAAUUAUCAACUCAGCCCCCUCGUCGUCGCAAACCCCUAGCUUAACCCCACAGUCGGAUCAUUUACCUAAGCCCUUGUCUCAAAAUAAAGCAACCAUAACAUCAAAGAAGGGCAAAGAGAAAGCGGCUCCCAUUCCGGCAUAUGAAUCUAACCCUCCCAGCGACGAUGAUCAUGAAGACAACGAAGGAGAAGAAGACCCUGAACCCAAGGUUUCCCCUACUUCAAAACGUGGUCGUCCUCGUGAAGAUGUUCUCCGAGACGCCGCACGACGACUCAAGAAGUUUUAA